ACCGCGUGCAAAGUCGGAAUUCCGUCGUAGCUAAUUAUUGUGUGCGCAAAAAACGGUGCAAGAAAAUUGUAUUUCUGAUCCGCAUUCAGUUUGUUUCAUACGGGACCGUGGUGUGAAUCUCCGAAUGAUUUAAUCGCGGCUAUCGGAUAGUACUUCAACUUGGAUUUUAAGGCGAUCAAGUGAAGAGCACAUUUCCGAUCCGGCUCGACGUCACUGCAAGGGCACUUCCUUUCUUUGUUUUUUUUUUAUAAUUUAAAGGGCUCGGAAAAGCGCAUUGUGUUGGCGGGGUGGUUGUGGCUGUUUGUUUACAAACAGUUAACGCUAAGUAGAAACAAAUAUCUCAUUAAUUGAACACGAGGCCGUCUAGCAGCGCGUGUACAUGUGCUUGAGUGGCGACGAAGACCGAAAGAUUAUUUUGCCAACGCAAGGUGCAUCCGACAGUUUUUCGCACAAGAACUCCUAGUUCGUUGCAGCUGUAAGAAGAAGCCCAAACCUAAUCACAAACCAUAAGCAACGGGGACAGCGAGCGAAGGUGCUAAUUUUGCCUGAACCAGUAGCAAACGCGAGGAAGCGAAAAAAGCCAUGAAAUACAUUCUUGUGACCGGUGGCGUGAUUAGCGGCGUCGGCAAGGGUGUUAUUGCCAGUUCAUUCGGUACGCUUCUGAACGCGUGCGGCAUCGGUAUCACAUCGAUCAAGAUCGAUCCGUACAUCAAUAUUGAUGCGGGGACAUUUUCACCUUACGAGCACGGUGAAGUAUUCGUGCUCGACGAUGGCGGCGAGGUCGAUCUUGAUUUGGGGAACUACGAACGCUUCCUGGACAUAGUGCUGCACAGAGACAACAACAUAACGACCGGAAAGAUUUAUAAAACGGUCAUCGAUAGGGAGCGUGUCGGAGAUUACCUUGGAAAAACAGUUCAAGUGGUACCACACAUUACGGAUGCAAUCCAGGAAUGGGUUGAGCGGGUUGCUAAGCAACCGGUCAAGCAGAACGUUCAACCGGAAGUGUGCAUCGUCGAGCUGGGCGGAACGAUCGGUGAUAUCGAGGGAAUGCCAUUCGUUGAAGCCUUCCGGCAGUUUCAGUUUCGCGUGAAGAAGGAAAAUUUUUGCGUGGCGCACGUAUCGCUCGUCCCGGCACCACGUGCAACCGGUGAACCAAAAACGAAGCCCACCCAAGCCAGCGUACGCGAACUGCGGGGCCUCGGACUGAGUCCAGAUCUGAUCGUAUGCCGCUCGGAGCAUCCGAUCGGUGAUGAAGUGAAGGACAAGAUUAGUAACUUUUGCCACGUGGCACCGGAACAGGUGAUCUGCAUACACGACCUGUCGUCGAUCUAUCAUGUGCCGCUGCUGAUGGAGCAGGCCGGCGUGAUCGACAUCCUGAACGAGCGCCUGCAGUUGAAUCUGCCCUCUCCCAGACCACCAGAGUUCAUGCAAUCGUGGCGCGAUCUGGCCGAGCGGGUAGAGAACGUUUAUAAAAAGGUGAACAUCGCACUGGUAGGAAAGUACACGAAGCUGGAAGACUCGUAUGCGUCCGUCGCGAAGGCGCUCAUGCAUGCGUCCAUUGCGGCCGGUUAUAAGCUGAACCUAAAAUUUAUUGAUGCGUGUAAUCUGGAGCGCCAAACGAAGGGCGAAAACCCUCACCUCUAUUAUGAAGCGUGGCAUUCGUUGACCAACAGCCAUGGCGUUAUCGUGCCCGGCGGUUUUGGAUCACGCGGCAUGGAAGGCAAGAUCCGUGCGUGCCAGUGGAGUCGUGAGAAUAAUAAGCCCCUGCUCGGCAUCUGUCUUGGGUUGCAGGCGGCCGUCAUAGAGUUUGCACGGAAUGUGCUUUCGAUGAAGGAUGCCAAUACGACCGAAGCCGAUCCAGAUACGGAAUUUCCAUUGGUGAUCGAUAUGCCCGAACAUCAUACCGGCAUGUUAGGAGGAACGAUGCGACUCGGCAAGCGAACCACCAUCUUCAAAGAAGACAGUAAAAUAAGAAAACUAUACGGCAACAAAACACAAAUUGAAGAAAGACAUCGUCACCGGUACGAGGUGAACCCGGAGUACGUGGCAAAGCUCGAGGCACGGGGAAUGCGUUUUGUUGGGCACGAUUCCGAGAAGGAGCGUAUGGAAAUCGUCGAACUUGCCGACCAUCCGUACUAUGUGGCUGUCCAGUUCCACCCCGAGUAUCUUUCGCGACCCCUCAAACCGUCACCACCCUUCAUGGGUCUGAUCCUCGCUGCAGUCGGCAAGCUGGACAGCUAUCUCACCAAUGGCCAGAAGGUGCUGCUAAACCAGCCGCUCAACAAUCACGUUACGGCCAGCGAGAGUUCCAGCGACGACGAUCUCUAUCACGGUCGGCAACAGCAGCAGCAGCAACAGCGGGUUGGUGCCGGUCGUGCAAGCAAUAGUAGCACGUCCAUCGAGCCAACCCCGAAUAGUACGUUGACGCCGAUCAAACAAGGAUCACCGGCAAAAAUGAAUGGAACUGCGGUGCCCAACAAUAUCGCCAAGGUGAACGAAGCCGUACACGAGAAUGGAACAUGUUGAACGAAUUAUACUGCAUGUUAAACAAGCAGUGCCGGGAUCCCUAUUAGCUUGUAUUACUAAAGUUUGAAAACAAUAUCGUAAUAUUCCUCCACCUUUCAUCCACGCAAUUGCAACAGUUUGAACUGGAUGUCUGGCCGCCGUUUCAAAAUCAAAAAGCUUUGAUAGGCUCUACAAUUUUGGAGCGAAACGCAUAACGACUGCUUCUAUUUUUUAAUGAAAAGAAUUGGCCAUGUCGUUCGUCAAUCAUAAUCGCUAUGAAAUGCAAACGUUUAAAUGAAGCCACAACGUGACAGCGAGAUCUACAGACGCAUAUGGUUGAUACUGUAACAAGACGAUAGAAGAUAAAGUAUAAAAUCAUGAGCAAGAAUUCCUAGUUUAAGCAAAGAGAUAGGAUAAUGAUAAUGGAAAAUAGAAAGAGGUAUAAUUGACUCCAUCAAAAAGCCGAUGGAUCCGAGAAGAUUUAACACAUUUAUUUGAUGUAAAUUAGCUGUGCGUUAUGGUUUAUUUGUUAUGUCACGAUAUAAAACGACGAACAAUGUUUCCUUUUCAUAGAACUUUUUGUAAUAGCAGAAAAUUGAAGCAGAUAUGUUAUAAAGCUCGUUCAAAUGUGUUGAACUUUUUCAAUGCCUCGGUGGUAAAAAGUGCUAGUAAACUAACUCCUUAUGAAAGUGUUAGGUAUUAAGAAGGACAACUAUGAGCAACGCAUCUAAUUUGUGAUUUCCGAGGAAGACGUUAAAUACUUUCUUACUAUCUAGCUAAGGUAAUAUAAGUAAAAAACAUUUUCAAAUUUUCAAAUUCAAAUGUGUAAUUCUUAUAACG